AUGGCGGCGACUCUCGACUUUUCAGCGGGUGACUCGCUCGCAGGGGGCCCUGUCGUUGACUCCGCCUCCAUCACUCCGCCGCACAGCGCCAACGGCAAGAAGGAAGCGCCUGAAGGCGUGCCCGCCGACUUGUCCGACCUUGAGCUUGAUCGCCAAACCGCUCCGGUGCCUGAAACAACUCAGAUCAAGCAGGAAGAAAUAGAGGAGGAGAUUGAAGACAUCGAAGACAUUGGAGACAUUGAGCCCGAUCAUUACUAUGGCGGCGGCAAGAUCCCAGUCUUCAAGCCUACAAUGGACCAAUUCCGAGACUUCCAGGCCUUUAUCAAAAAAAUUGAUAAGUACGGAAUGCAGACAGGCAUCGUGAAGGUUGUUCCUCCAAAAGAAUGGUCCGAAUCACUCCCUCCGCUGGACGAGCAAGUCAAAAAGAUACGUGUGAAGAACCCUAUCAUGCAGGAGUUCCACGGUUCGCAUGGUACAUACACCCAAGCCAAUAUCGAACGCCAACGCUCGUACAACCUUCCUCAGUGGAAGGGACUGUGUGAAGAAAGCAGCCAUCAACCCCCUGCCCGCAGAGGCGAAAGACGUCGCAACCAAGAGCGCGUAAAUCGUGCGGCUCCGACACCACGCCCCCAAUCGGCUCGCCCAGAAGGUCAAAAGCGCCGGCCUGGUCGUCCCCCAAAGCGGACGAAUCAGGUCAAGAUCAAAGAGGAACCUCCUGCCGAUGACGCCGAAAAGUCCAGACUGGAAGGACCUCCUACGCCUGUAUCACCCGAAACAAACCCUGUUCGUACCAAGACCGAGGAUCUCAGCGAGGGCGAAUCUCUGCCGCCUACGAAGCCAAAGGGACGUCAACCAAAGUCUGUGACCUCACGCCGUAAAAAUAACCGAGGCGAUAACACAGAACAAAUCGACGAAGAGGCGUACACGGGCUUCGAUUAUCGAAUCCACGACAACGAAGACUACACUGCAGAACGAUGCGAGGAGUUGGAAACCAACUACUGGAAGUCACUCAUGUACAACAACCCAAUGUACGGUGCUGACAUGCCCGGCUCGCUUUUCGAGGAUGGCACGGAAAUCUGGAACGUCGCCAAAUUACCAAACUUGCUCGAUGUUAUCGGCCAAAAGGUUCCUGGCGUUAACACCGCCUACCUCUAUCUCGGCAUGUGGAAGGCCACCUUCGCUUGGCACCUUGAGGAUGUUGAUCUCUACAGCAUCAAUUACAUCCACUUUGGUGCCCCCAAGCAGUGGUACAGUAUCUCACAAGAGGAUGCCCCUCGUUUUGAACAAGCCAUGCGCAGCAUCUGGUCUAGCGAUGCCAAGAACUGCGACCAGUUCCUUCGCCAUAAGACAUAUCUUGUCUCACCCAGUCUCCUCAAAUCACAAUACGGCAUCACUGUCAACCGAUUGGUCCACUACGAAGGAGAGUUUGUGAUCACUUUCCCCUACGGUUACCAUUCCGGUUACAAUAUUGGCUACAACUGCGCAGAAUCCGUCAAUUUCGCCACCGAGCAGUGGUUGGACUAUGCCCGCAUCGCCAAAAAAUGCCAUUGCGAAGCCGACAGUGUCUGGAUCGAUGUGGACGAGAUUGAGCGCAAGUUACGGGGCGAGUGUACACCGGAAUACUAUGGUGAAUUCGAAAGCGAAUUUGACGGGUUUGAAGGCGCUUCAGAUCUUCUUACACCGCCACGCAGUGUGCCCGAGAAAACUUCCACCCGUGGCCGAAAACGGAAGAACCCGGGCGACGGGCCGAGCACCAAACGACCCAAACUCCACCCUGACGGACCGCGCAAGCUGCCUUGUUUGCUGUGCCCUAAUAACCUUGAGUAUGAGGAUCUGCUCCCAACCGAAGAUGGCAAAGGUCAUGCGCAUAGACGAUGUGCAUCAUUCAUUGAAGAGACCACAAUCCUGCGCGAUGCUUCUGGCACAGAGGUUGUGUGCGACAUUGACAAGAUUCCCAAAGCUCGUUUGGGUCUUAAAUGCUUAUUUUGCCGGGAGGUUCGCGGUGCCUGCUUCCAAUGCAAUUUUGGUAAAUGCACCCGUGCUUAUCAUGCCACCUGUGCCCUGCUGGCUGGAGUUCAAGUUGAACACGGCGCGAUUGCGGUGAUUGUCGAGGAUGGCACUCAGUACUCAAUUCCGAGUGUCGAUUUGAAAUGCAAAUUCCAUCGUCAAAAGCGGUUGGCUGGAACCCUGGGCGAAUCAUCUGAUGUCGAUCGCCGUGUAAUUGAAACAGCUCGUCACCUGGUUCAAGGCAAUUUGGUCCAAUUCCAAGCCGACAAGGAGAUCAAUGGUGCAAUUGUCAUUGAGAAUCGUCACUCAGAACGAACUCUUGUGUUGAAGGUGCUCCCAAGAGGAGAUGUGAUUGAAAUGCCAUAUCGUUGGAUGCUGGUAGUUCGAAAGAGCAACUUCGCACCUCUGGGACUUGGAAUUCAACCCCUCCCAGCACAUCUAGCGCGAAAACCCGAACAACGAAAGGAGUUAGAAUCAGCAGUACCCGCGGCAGGUAGUGCAUUUGGUGAUGCCCGAUCUCCCUAUCAGUGGGCCGAAUUUGAGACGGUGGAUGCAACUAGGAACCAAUUCGCCCCACUUUGUUUGGUCAAUCUCGACAAGGGCGAACAAAUGUGGUAUUAUUUGGGCACACAGUCCACCGAGAGUAGGGCACAAUAUACUCACAACCCUACUGUGUCCAUCCACAACCCUCGGGCCAAUUUCCUGGACAGCGUCAAGUCGCUUGGCGUCAAUGUCACGACGAAGAUCUCACCCCACCACUUUCAUUAUGCUCCCACCGCCCCUGCCCCUCACCAAAAUCUUUACAAACAAUUGAAUGUUAACACCCCUCACCUACUAUCCCGACCGCCCUCUUCUGCCUUGCAGCAUCUCGCCCCUCCCCCUCCCCCUAUUCCUGCCGGUGCUGCUGCUGCUGCUGUAGCUCCUGCGAUGCCGUCGGCCUUUCGAACUCUACCCAAUCAGUCUGCCCGUCAUGCCCCCUAUCCUUCGGUCGCCAAGUCGCACGCUCAGCAGCAGCAUCACCUCCCAUCCACCAAUACCUUUGCCAAUGUCCGAGAACUUAUCGCCCGUCGCCGCCUAGCACAGAUUACCGACCAUGCCAAUGUCUUUGCAGGAUACAGCAUCGUCAGUCCCGAAAUGGUGGUAGAGACCCUACUGGGUCCCAUGGGAUCAAUACCACCAGCCAAUGGUCUGGAAAAACUUGAGUUAGCCAUGGCUCAGCAACGGGUGCAGCCGCGGGCUGCGGACGGUACAUUGUUACCGCCACAGACCUUAAAUAUGCGGUCGGAAGAGGUCACUCGGCUCCUUCAGAUGCUCCGCUUUUCGCUGGUGAGUCACCGCGAGCGACUCGAUGUGAUUCAAAAGAAGGAGUCAGAGGGCAUCAAACAGGAAACUGUGGAUCGAGGUAGCAUAGCGGCCGCCAAGAUGCCUGGAAAAUAUGCCUACCUUGAUCAACAGCGGUCCCUCGCCCCCAAUGUUUAUCAGUCUCCUUACAACAUGCCAUCGGGCCUAUCCGAAUAUGCCAAGACUACUUACGGAUUGCUUCCGGCAGCGGAUGAACCACCCAAAUCCUCCCUGGCGAACGACUUCUUUAACAGUUUGUCCCAUGAACACCAGGAAAAAAUUCUGAAGUCUUGCGGUAGCUUCGUGCAACGUGCAAUCCAACGAUCUGCCACUCAUAGUCGACAAAGCUCUACUGGAUCAAAUCUCCGACUGUCCGCAGCCCUGGCACAGCAGACGGAAAAUCCGACCAUCGAUAUUACACCGGUUGAGGAUCCACCCCUUCUUUCGGGUCUCGACAUGCCGCUUCACGCAGAUUCUCCGUGCUCCAGUUUUGGCCGGUCGCAUCUUCGAUUCCAGUCGCCCAAUGAGUUCCCCAUGCACGGCCCCGACCCACACCCGGACCACCAUGAUCUCUUCGGAGACCAGCAAGCGAAUACUCGAUUCUGGCAAAAUGGGCCAUGGGUCGGCGGGGAUGGCAAUACUCCAAACGACGAGAACCGACCGUUCUUCGGGCCUCAUAUUUUCGGACCGCAUGAACGCCUCAAGCAUGACUAUGCCUCCUCCGACAUUUCCCUCGGCAAGGGACCUGGAUCCUUGCACUCUGUCGACAUGGCUGGCUUCGGUCCUGACAAUGAGGAUCUCGGACUGAGCCCAUAG